CUCACACGCGCGUGGUUUGACCUCGGGUCUAUCUUUGUGCUUACGCGUUGUCCUACAGUGCCCUAGCUUUUAUUAUUUCUUGUUCUCUCAUUUUUAAGUACCAAGGAUUUAGCUCAUUUCUAUAAAUGUUUGUCUUAAAAAACAUGUUUCACACAUAUACUAAAAUCUUUUCGUGGAUUGUUGCAGUGGACCAUUUUGUGAAUAACUGAAAACCGAGCUUAUUUCAUCAAAAAUUAGAUUUCACUGAAAUGUUCAUAGGUUCAAAUCGAUUUCUUAUCAAUAUUUAUACAUAUAUAAUAAUCUUAUUGUUCAUUUUCAUUCACUAUAAAUAUUCUUAUCAUAAUAAUGUAAAUGCUGAAAGUUUUAAACCACCACCUUUAGCAUAUAAUCAGCAUCAUCAACAACCACAACAAGAUUCAUCAUUAUCAAAUAAUCAUUAUAUUGAUAAAUCAGAUUUAUCACAGAAUAUUAACAAUAAUGAAGAUAAUUUCAAAUCAUGUAUAUGUUGGAAAUGGCCAAAUUGUGUUAGUAAUUGUACAAUUGAUCCUCUAUUGAAAUCUAUUAUACAAAUACAUUAUGGUUAUUUAUCCAAUGUACCAUUACCAUUCAUAAUAUUAUUUCCAUAUCAAGCAAGAAAAUCACGUAAUAAUCAUGAUACAUCUACAUUAGGAAGACAAGGUGGUUAUUUUCCAACUACACGAUUUUGGCUUACAAUGUAUAAUCAACAAAAUAUUGUAUUGAAAUUACAAAAAUCUCGAAUAUUUAAUCAUGCCAGUAAUUAUUCCACUUUAUAUUAUCAAAAGAAAAAUAAUGGACAUAUGUAUGAAUUUGAAUCGGAUAAACUAAAGAAUUGUUAUUACACUGGUACAGUAGAGAAUCAAACUGAAGAUCAUAUAAAUUCAGAUACUAAGUCUACUUCUUAUGUUGCUGUCGAUACAUGUUUUGGUUUGAAUGGUAUUAUUCAUUACACUAAUCAAACAUACGGUAUACGACCAUUACAUUGUAAACAAUGUGAUUCUACAGCCAUUCCGCAUAUAUUAUUUCCACAUCGAUCAAAGUUGAUUAAUCGAGAUAUUUCAUUACCAGUAUUUUGGCGUCCAACUGAUAUUUUUAAUAUGAUGAAUAGAAAACCAUUGAUGAAAGUUGAAGGACCUCGAAUUUACAUUGUAAAUGUUGCUUUAGUACUUGAUUAUCAUUUAUUUUCAUCAUUUGGCCAUAAUUUGGAACGUGGUAUUCACUAUUUAAGCAGUAUAUUAAAUCAAGUAACUAAGUCAUUUCAAAAUGUUCCAAUUGAAUUACAAUUGAUUCAAUCAGAAAUAUGGAGUUUACAAGAUUUAAUACAAUCCAAUGUUAGCAUUAAAACAACAUUGAAUCAUUUUGCUCAUUUAAUGAUAAGUCGUCGUAAAAAGUUUUAUUCAACCACAUCAUCGUCGUCGUCGUCGGCGUUUAUCAAAAAUGCUGUUAUGAAUAAAACUGAUGUACUAAUAAAUCAUUCUUCUAUUGGAAAUGAUACAUUUGGGCAUCAUCGUAUUCAUCGGCGAUCAGUGAUUAACACUGGUGAUAAUGUUCCUCGUAAAAUCUCUCCAUCUUCAACAAUUCAUUCAACUAAUCCAUCUUUGUAUACAAAACAUUUUGAUGUGCAGUUAUUACUUACUGGUAAACGAUUUACUGAUCCAGUUGAAUAUAUAGCUAUACCAGACAGUAUAUGUACACCGAGAGCCUUAGGAAUAAUUCAAGUGAACAAUACUGACAUGGAUUAUCAUGUAUCCAGAUUGAUCUCAUUGGCCAUUGCAGAAAUUCUCGGCAUUAAAUCAUUUCCAUGUCCUCCAUUGUACAGUUGUAAUUCAUUUGAUUUAUUUUCUGAUGGUGAUAAUUCACGUCUUCAACUUGCUUUAUCAUCUGGUAUGGCUGAUUGUUUAUUACAAAAUAUUGUUGUAACAAAGGAUUCUAAAUCUUUUGUCGAUACUUGUGGUAAUGGUCAAAUUGAUCGAGGUGAAGAAUGUGAUCCUGUGGUUCGCCGAACUUUAAGCUCUUCUGCAAACUUUACUAAUCCAAUGUCUUGUUGUAAUUUAGAGACAUGUUUAGCUUCAAUAUGGGCUGUAUGUACACAUGGUCCAUGUUGUCAUCAAUGUCGUUUAAAACAAAAAGGUAGUUUAUGUCGUCCAGCAUUUGAUCAAUGUGAUCUACCGGAAUUUUGUACCGGAACACAUCCGUCUUGUCCAUUGGAUUUAUAUUUGGAAAAUGGUUCUCCAUGUUUAACACAAUCAGCCCAGUCACUAGUUGGUGUUGUAUCCGCUUCAUCGAUAUCAUCUUCCUCGUCCACAUCUAUUACUACAACAACAACUACUACUGCUACUACUAUUGUACAGAAAAACAAUCACUCAUCAUCAUCAUCAUCCUCAUCACAAUUGAAUCAAUUAAUCGAAAACCAUAAAUCAUUAUGCUAUCAAGGUCGUUGUCCAACACGUCAUAGUCAAUGUGAAAUGAUUUGGGGCGAGAAAGCUACAGAGGCGGCGGAUUAUUGUUUUCAUUUACACAAUACAAAAACUGAUGGAGCUUGCGGUGUACAAGGACAACAUUGUACUGCUGAACAUGCAAAAUGUGGCCUUUUACAAUGUCAAGGUGGUAGACCUAGACCUGUUUCAUUAGAAGCACAAUCUGGUCAACCAUUUGUUACUUAUACAGAACAUCAAGGACGUCAGUUUGAAUGCAAAUAUCUGUCUCAUACAUCGAAAGUUCGAUUUGUGCCAGAAGGUGCAUCUUGUGCACCUGAUCGUUAUUGUUUUCAUCAAGAAUGUGUACUACCACAUGUUGGUUUUCAUUCGAAUUGUCCAACUGGUCGAAUAAAUAAACAAUUAGAAAAUGGACAUAUGAUCUAUGAAAAUGUGACAUGUUCUGAUCAUGGUUUGUGUACCAAUGCUGGUUUUUGUCUAUGUCAUCCUAAAUGGACUGGUAAUGCUUGUGAACUGUCAGUAGUUAGUAUGAAUACAUCCACUAUUAUUGCUACUACUGCUGCUACUGCUGCAAACAAUCGAAAUGAUAUUUUAUCAAAUUCAUCUACCAUUUCAAUUCAUCAACAGCAGCAACAGCAACAGAAUCCAUUAAGCCCUGAAGUGAUUCAAUGGAUAUGGAAUUAUUUGGAACAAAUGCAAAAAUCUUAUGGAACUACUCGUGAUUAUCAAUUGAAACGUUUUAAUUAUGACAAUAAUCAUAAUAAUAAUAAUGGAAGUUAUAAAGCUCCAUUGAAUACAUUAUAUUUAAUUUGUAUACUUGGAGUUGUUGUUGGUGGUGUAUUUCUAUUUUUGGCAAUUUUUAUGUUUAUUUACAGACGACGAGGUCGAUCCAAUAUUUUUGGCAAAGCUUAUUAUAACAAUAAUCAUAAUAAUCAUAGAAAUUUUAGUGCAUUUAGUAGAUGUGAUCGUCAUCGUCGACGUGGUCGUUGUUGUCGAACUAAUCAAAGCAAUGCUGAUCUAUUAUCACCACGUUCUAUGAAACAUCAUGUUGGUUCAUUACGCUUAUUUAAUACAAUUGAUUCUAAUUCAACAGAAUGUCAAGAAUUACAAAAUUCAAUGUAUGAUCGAUCAACUUUCAGUGGUAGUGGCAGUGGGGUUGGCGGUGGUGGAGGUGGAGGUGGAGGUGGAGGUAGUUGUUGUAGUAGCAAUCAUGAUAAUAAAACAGGAAAUGAUCGACAUAGUCAACAUGAAGACUGUUCACGACGUGUUCAUGGUCGUACUGGUAAGAGCCGUAAUCGAGAUUUAGAUUGUCAUCAUCAUUCAGAGUAUAAUAAUGGAAGUAAACAUCGACGUAGACAACAUUAUCGUAGUAGUGGUGGUGGUAGUACUAGUCAUGGGAUGAAAACUAAAGAAGAAUUAUCAAGAAAAAAGAAAUUUGAUCGUAAACAUAAAUCAUCUAGUCGAACUAGUGCACCAGGAAGUAAUGAUACAAAAUUAUUAGAAUCAAUUGAAGGACAACAAUAUGGGAAUAAUUUUUCUGAUACUGAAUUAACUUAUAAACAUUCGAAUAUUAAUCAUAAUCAUAAUCAUGAUCAUGAUCAUGAAGAAUUGAAUAAUAGUAUGGAUCGAAUAAUUAAAUUUGGUAGUAUGCCGUCAUAUAAAGAAGAUAAAAUAAAACAAUUGAAACGAACAGCUGAUAUACUUCCUUCAAAAUCAUUAAAAACUGGACAUUCAUUAAGUACUAGUGAAAAUACUGUCUAUUUGACAGAUUCAACAGAUAUGACUGUUAGUUUACCAAAUUCUAAAUCAGAUGUUGUACCAAUUUGUAGUACACAUACACCUUCACUCAUUGAACCUCUUGCUGCUGCUGCUACUAACACUACUACUACUUAUAGUAAUAUUAGUAGCAAUAAACGUAGUACUCAUCAAAAAUCAACAUUAUAUGGAUCAGUCAGUGUUGCAUCACCAUCACCACCACCACCAACAACAACAACUACAUCAACUGUUAUUACAUCCUCUUCAUCUUCAUCCACUGUACCACCGUUAUUCCCAUUCUGUUCAACUGCAUAUUCGGAACCAGUUUCAUUAAUAUCACCACCAAUAACUUAUUUACCAACGGAUGAUUUAACUAUUCAAACUACACUGUCUAAUUCAAAUCAAAAUUCAUUAUUAUUACGUAAUGUAACAACAGCUGCAUUAGUUGGUGCAGGUCGAGCUGGAGCUAAUGCUGCCGCCGCUGCUGCUGCUGCAGCCGCCGCCGCCGCCUCCGCAGCAGCAGCAUCAACAUCCACUACAUCUACUGGAUUAUCAGAUAUUUUGUCAUCUAAUAACAACACUAUGUUAAUUGACACAGUUUCUCCAAUAGAUACAUCAAACAAUACAAUGAAUGAUACACAAUUUAAUAUUAUGAUGGAGAAUUCAUGGCGUCAACCAGAGAAAGGUAUUUUAAAGAAUAAAAAUGAAGGUGGUAGUUAUCAUGUGAAUAAUUCAUCAUCUGUCAACACUUCAACUAAUCGUCGACAGCAUAGACGAUCUUCAUCAUCAAUCAAUCAUCAAAAACAUCAUCAUCAUCAUCAUCGUCAUCGAUCCAAUAAUAAACAUUCAAAAUCAUCACGUAGUCAUCAUCAUCAUCAUCGUGCAACGAAUACAAAUACUACCGCUAUCGAUAAUAACAAUGAUAUUAAUAUGUUGAACAGAAAUGAUUCAUUCUCUGAUUGUUCUUGUCAUUUAUAUGAUCAUGAGAAAAAAUCAAGAAAAAAACAUCAAAAUCAUACUGAUCAAGAUGAUAAUGAUUUACUUCAUCAUCAUCAUCAUUCACGUCGUCACCCUCAUCAUCAUAGUCGAAGAUUAUGUCGAAAAUGUCAAAAUACUAAUAAUAAUAAUAAUACAAUAACUAGUCGUUCAGCCAGUGUAAAUGAUGAAUGUUUACACUCGGAAUUUUGUCCUUCUAUGUUAAAUGAUGUGAAUAAUAAAAGUCCAAGCGGUAGUUCAUCGGUAUCAUCAAAUCAUGGUUUAGAAUUUUUGGCAUCAUCCUCCUCCUCAUCAUCAUCAUCAUCGUCACUCACUGGAACAUCGUCAUCUGCAUCUUCAUCACUCACUGAUUUAGAGCAUCAUCAUCAUCGUUCUUGUCAUCGUGAUCAUCGUGAUCAUCAUCAUCAUUGUCACAAUGAUGAUGUGGAAGUGGGUAGUUCAAAUUCAUCAUUAUCAUCAUCAUCGACUUCAUCAUCUACUACAAGUACUUGUUCCACUGCAUUCGAAGUGAAUUUAAUCAAAAAUACCAAUCAACAACCAACACAACACCAACACCAACAAGGAUUAAUUAUUCUGACAGAUAAAACAAUUGAUCAAAAUCAUUCGAAACUAAAACAAUUCGAUCUAAUCAAUGAUAAAUUGAAUCGUUCUAAUCAACAAUUAAAAAAUCAUGAACAUAUUGAUUGUUAUUUAGAGAAUCAUUGUCAAACUAUUCGACGUGUUAAUGGUAAUAACAAUAAUGAUAAUGUUGGUGAAAAUUCUGUCCAUAGUGAACAAGAGAAUCAACGUAGUUCUCGUCGACACAAUCGUAAACAUCACCGACGUCAUUGUCGUUAUCGUAAACAUCAUCAUGGACAUCAUAAACAUCAUGAUGAAUCAUUAUCGAAUCAUGAAAUUUCUGGAACAAUCAAUAAUCUUACCGGUGAAUCAUUAGGAUCUUCUUCUACUAGUACAACAAAUAAUUGUAAUUCUGGUCUUUCUGAAGCAUCUUCAUCAUCUUCUGGAUUGACAACAAUUUCUCAUCAUCAUUGUCGACGUUCACGGACACGAAGUAUGACGACAGAUGAAGAUUAUACAACAUCAGGUUCACGUAGAAGUAGUCCUUUACCACCAGCUCCAACAAUAUUAUGUAAUGUAGGCCAACAAACUGAUGAAUUUAGUUUAUUAAAAGUAGCUGGUCUUACAAUAUCAUCUAAAAUUGAUUCUGAAGGUGAAUGGGAAGAAGUUGAAUGUAAUGAAUCAGGUUGUGAAGAAUGUCAAAAUUUAACGAAAACUACAACAACAACAACAACAACAACAACAACAACUACUACUACUACUACUUAUAAAAAUACUAGUAAUCAAUCAAAACAUGUAACCACUGCAUCACCUCCUAUCCUUGCUUCACCUUCUUCACAUCCAACAAUUUUACAAGCUAGAAUAAAUCAAUUAAACUCAUCAUCAGCAUCAUCAUCAUCAGUAUUGAAUAAUUUCAAUCCAUUAAAUAACCAAUCACAUCAUCAACAUCAACAACAUCCAUUGUAUAAUAAUAAUAAUAAUAAUAAUCAGCUAUCCUCAACUCCAUUGACUAAUUCAUCUUCGUCAAUGACCAAUCAUAAACAACAAUCGAAUUCGAAUAAUUCAUCGUUAGGUUCAUCGAAAACAUCACGAUCUGUUGGUGGAUUUAGUAAUAGUGCUAGUGGUAGUGGGGGUGGUAGUACUGGCUUAAUGAAUUUAUCAUGUCCUCCUCCUCCACCUCAUCCAUCUUCUGCAUUAUCGAUGAUGAACAAUAUUACCACCACCACCACUACUACUACUGUUACUACUAAUUUAAGUAGUGUAUUUAGCAAUUCACCAAAUAAUCCAAUGGGCGGCGGCAUAGUAAACAAUUUCAGUAAUCGUACAACAUCAUCAUCAUCUUGUUCAUCUUCAACGAAUAACAACAAUAGUUGUAUGCCACUCCAACAACAACAACAAUCACAAUCAUUGUCAAUGAAACAUCAACAUAUUCCUGGCUUAAUAAUGAAUAAAAACACCAAUCAAAUGAAGCUUAAUUCAGAAGAAUAUACUGGUCAACAUAGUGAACCAGAAGUUGAUGCUCAUUUGAAUAUUGCAUCAUUUAUAAAUAAUCAAACAAAUAAUGAACAACAAAAUUUAUUGAACAAAUUACAAACUGAUUCUAAUCAACAACAACAUCAACAUCAACAUUAUAAUCCAUUUUAUGUAUCAUCAACAUCAUCUGUCAAACAAUCAUAUACUCAAUUAUUGGAUUCACAGCCUCAAUUAAACAAUACACAUGAUCAUCAUCGUCAUCACCAACAACAGCAACAACAACAACUGAAUUCAUCAAUACGAAAUAAUAAUAAUAAUAAUAAUAAACCUAAUACUUUACCAUUAUUCACUUCACCAGAGAUUAUUCAUCGAGGUGUUAACAAUAUGACAAAUAAUAGAUGUGUGUAUGAUUCAAGUUUUCAAAUGAUGGAUUAUCACAAUAGCAGUAUUAAUAAUAAUAAUAAUAGUAAUAUUAUACAAGGUAAUUUGGAAUCAUACUAUCAACAUCCAUAUGAAGAUGUUGCUACAGAUGAUUAUGCUGAAACGACUAGUCAAUUAAAUUGUAUACCACCGCAACUACAACAACAACAUCAAAAUUUCAAUCAAUCAUUGUUGUUACCUACACUCCAGCAUCAACAACAACAACAAUAUCAAUCACAUGUGUCACCAACUGAACCACCACCACCACCACCACUACCAUCACUGUCAACAUUAUCACCUACACAACAACAACAACAACCACAUAUCUAUCAUCAACAUGGUGUUGGUAUGGUAUUAUUACCGCCAACCUCUACUAGUUCAUUAUUAUCCAAUGAAUUGGAUUAUAUGAAAACUUCAGGAGCAGCAACAGCAGUAGAUGAAGAUAAAUUAAGUUUAGAUGAAGGCAAUGAAAUGAUACAUUUCACUAAUUCACAUAUAAAUAAUGAUAAUUCAAUUAAUACUAUUACUACUACGACUACUCAUUUGAAUAGUAAUACAUUUAAUCCAUAUACUGUUGCUUUUAUCAAUAAUAAUAAUAAUAAUAAUAUCAAUCCAUCCAAUUAUAUUCAAUCAAAUCUAUCCCAUUUGAAUCCAUCAUAUCCUAUGUGGAAAGAUACGAAUGAUUCAAUUCAUCAUCAUCAUAAUAAUAAUCAAUAUAGAAUAAAUGAUAAUUUAGGAUUAAUAAUUUAUCCUAACAAUCAAAUGAAUGAUACCAACAAUGGUGUUGUUGGUAUUACAGAUUCCGAUCGAGGUACACAUCCAUUAUUAACAGCUGAUAUCGAUGAUGUUGUAGGCAGUGAUUUUAGUCUAUCAUCCACUUUUCGUCAUAUGAAUGAUAUUUGUCAGCCUUCUUAUCAUCAUUCAUCAUCAUUAUCUAAUCGAAUGCCCAAUCAUAAAAUUGAUGAUAAUAACGGUAAUAAUAAUAAUAAUAAUGAUCUCAUAAUGAAUAAACUUUUACAACAUAAUAACUAUCAAACAAUAAUAGAACAGCAACAACAACAAUUUACCGAACAUCAUAAUUCCAAUGAUCAUGUCAGUAUGAUGGAUAUUCGUAGUAAUGAUGGAACAUGUGAUGAAUCGGAUGCUAGUUCAUUACCGGAACAAGGCUGUGAUUUAAUGCAUUUAGCUCAAUUACGUAUAUCAGCUAGACCAAAUCCAUUAUUAAAUGAUUUAGCUAAACAACAGAUCCAAAGAAGCAAUAAGUAGGAUGAUUAGUGAUCUCCGCUCACAUGUGCAUGUAUGCGACUUCAUUGUAAUUCAGUUUACAACAAAGAAAAAACAAACAAUGGCGACUACUACUAAUACUCUAACAUCACUCACUGAUUGUUUCUCAAAUAUGAAACCAUGAUCUUUCUUAAACUUUCUCAAACUAGAAGCUAAAUAAUAAUAAUGAAUGCUCAUUCUACUUUCAUACACCAACUUGUGCAUUA